AUGGCCGAUCCUAAAAUCGAUAUACAAAACCUACUUCAAACGGGGUCCUUCCCCACCGGCCGGACCCGUACGAGUGAAAGGGGGGAUAUCGACCAACAUCCCGUCAUUCUCGAGAACGAGGACUAUCAGUACGCCCACAACCCUGAGCAGCGCUUCGUCUUGGUCACCGAUCCUACCGCACCCGCCGCAAACGAGCCCGUGGUCAAUGAUCGCAAGAACACCGAGCCCGUCGAGCAGCGCUUCGUGCUAGUAUCAAUCCCGAAGAUACGAAGCCGCAAAGCCUUAAACCGGAGGAGGAUCCCGACAGCCGCAGGGGUCGACCGGCCAAGAGGGAUCCUGUCGAGGCGAAAAGACGGACCCCGGGCGGUUGCUGCUGCAUCGAAGCUCAGCCCCUCGUCAAGCUCCAAAGACGCAAAGCCAAGCGCCGCAAACCGACGAAAGAGCCCACAUGACCUUCCCCGACUCGACACCGAAGGUGCCGACGGCCGCGAAUCCAGACGCCGGCCUCGACAUAUGCGGAGCCGGUCCUCAACAUCUGCCUACGAUGACUACCGCUCCUACGAGCCCCAGUCUCCCACUCACGGCGGAAGGCCGGCACAAGAUGAUUUCCUCUCACCCGAGGUCAUCAAACACGGCCCCCGAAAUCGGGAGCAAGUCUACCACCCUAGCGGUAGCCGUCCGCAACCGGCCAAGCAAAAGGAGCGUUUUACCGAGGAGCGGCCCGACGGUCCUUCGUUUAACCGCGGUCCACGUUCAAUCAGCCCCGGCCCUAAACGCUCCCGGCCCGGUUCGGAGCUUCCGUCAAAACAUACGUCACGACGAUCAAGCAGGGGCUCUCCUCCCCGUCCAGAGACGCUGCGAGGUGCGCUAGCCAGAAGGCCCGAGUCCCCCACCGCGUCGCGAGACACGCCUGCGCCGAUUUGA